AUGACUACAACGGAACGGUGGAUGCCACUCACUCCCAUUCGCCUUGUCAAUGGAAACACCCCUUAUGAAGGUAGAGUGGAGGUGUAUCACAAUGGAGAAUGGGGUACUGUUUGUGACGACUCCUGGGAUUACCAAGAUGCUAUAGUGGUUUGUCGAUCUCUCGGAUUUUCUGUAACUGGUUCAACAGCUUACGGCAGUGCAUACUUUGGUGCGGGAAACGGUUCUAUUUGGAUGGAUGAUGUUCGUUGUGCUGGAACAGAAACAAGAAUUGAAUACUGCAGUCAUUACGGAUGGGGAAGACAUAACUGUGGCCAUCAUGAAGAUGCAUCCGUCAGAUGCCAGGCUGGAUCAUUCAGUCCAGUGCGGCUUGUGGGAGGACAGACUCCAUACGAGGGUAGAGUAGAGGUAUACCGUAAUGGUGUAUGGGGGACAGUUUGUGAUGAUUCUUGGGAUGAUUUGGAUAGCGUGGUGGUCUGUAGGUCACUGGGAUAUCCAACACAAAACGCUAAGAGCUUUAAAUAUGCUUUCUUCGGUCAAGGAUCAGGUCCUAUUUUGUUAGACGAUGUAAACUGUCGUGGAUCAGAGACCAAUAUUGAGGAGUGUCCACAUAAUGGAUGGCAAUCUCAUAACUGUGGUCAUCAUGAAGAUGCCUCUGUUAGAUGUUCAGAGGAAGCACUGACAACAGCAGAUCCCCCCACAACAGAAAAUUUAACACAUGCACAAGAAACGGCUACAACGACACAAACACCGAUUAUACCCGCCCAAACAAAUGAGGGGACACGAACUCAAACAGCACCUUUCAUAUCGAGAGCACCAACGACAAUGAUUAAAACAUCUUUUUCAACAGCAACCACAACACAAUCUGAAACAAUCACAGAAGACCCCAUAUCAACAAUCACAAGACAAAUUCUCCCAACACAAUCUCCAACAACGACCACCAUAUUCCCGACUGCAAGGGCAACACAUACACAAAAUCUAAAGACUACUACAACGACACAAGCUUCCACAACCACCACACAAGUUCCAACAACGACAACCACCACACAAGCUCCAACAACCACAACCACCACACAAGCUCCAACAGCUGCAACAACGACACAAGCUCCAACAAUCACAAGCACCACACAAGCUCCAACAACCACAACACGAGCUCCAACAAUGAUUGCUUCCACAACACAAUCACCAACAACGACGACGUUGACAGAGGCCCGAAUGACAACAACAAUGACAAAAGUUCAAACGUCAACAACUAUACCUAUUGCAA